UGAGCAGGCAAAGUGCGAUUAGCGGUGCUGUGUCCCUAAAAGUAAAGGUACCGGCGCUUUGACCGAGUUGAAGGGGAUAACAAAAAUAACUAUUCAGUGCUAGUAAACAAAGAUUGCACCUUCAAAAGUUCCAGAGCGUCGUCGAGUGGCUACUUGCCGCAGCUCGAGGGCCCGCCUGAGAUGACCCCUGAAGCGGCGAGGAAGGUGAAGAGUUGACAUGCCAAUAGGGCAGCAGCACGGCGCUCUAUAACAGGUGUGUUAUGUCUAUGAAAAAGCUCGCCAUACUGUCCGCCAUACACAACGAUGGGUCGUUGAACGGUACGGAUAUGCUCCCCACACCAGGGUCACCCCCCGCUCCGGUGCACGGGGUUAACGUUAUGCUAGGAGGGGCUAUGCUUAGCGGUAUAAUUCUCGUAGUUUUUAUCCUGUGCUACUGUUGUCACAAGACCAACAGGAAAUCCCAGUCUAAUCUGCCUACAUACUGGAGGGACCCAGGACUCUCCAUGGAAAUUUACACUGUGGAAGCUGCCCAAAAUUGGUUGGUGUCCGAUGACCUCUCUUGCGAAGUACACCGCACCCCAAGUCCUGGUCCCCCACCGGCCUACGACGUAGUGGUGCCCUUCAACAAGGACGCGGAAGGUGGCCUAAACAAGGAGGACGAAACGGGGCUGCCGAGCUACGAGACGGCGGUUCAGCAUCUUCAGGUUACGGGAGGCACGGAAUACGUCUGAAAAUAUCUCGGAGGGCUGUAAUUGUUGUUGUGUAAUGACGAGAACAUUCCGAUGGGGAUGGAUUUUGUACAUAAUGAUGUAAAUUUAUACGCAGGGUGCAUUUGAAAGGGGGUGAGGGGUGGAAAGUGCCCCAAUUUGUGUGAUAUAAUUAUUGCCAUUGGCUUCGGGAGUCGCGAGAGAUUUUCGUUUAAGGAAAAGCAAAUGAUCUUUCAAUUUCAGUUUAAUGAUGAGCAAUAAUAAUCCACAUACUCUAAAGGGAUCUACAAACCUUCCAGACAUAACACUAUUGGAUGUAUUUUUAAAUGUUCCCGAAACAUCUACCGUCAAUUCAGUAAAGGAGAGUUUUUCAACGAUAUCCUUAAACAAAAAUCUAACAAAAUGAAAUCUUGUAAAAACUGGUGUACAUUUUCUGUAAAAAAAACGACAAAAAUAGGGUAGUCAGUUGUGAUGUGGCUUUAAAGCAUAGAUUAAUUUAAAAUAGAAAUUGCACUGAGGAAAGAUUUUGUUAUAAAGUAACUCCACAAAAAUCAGAUCUAUAUUAUUUUCUAAAUGUUUUCGAGUUGCAUAAUGUCACCAUUUUGCGUAUGGUCCUUUAGUUGAAAUUUCACGAACUCUACGCUUUUAUCGUAGCAUAUGUAAACCAGCAAUUUCAGAUGAACGGAAAUCGUAAGAUGCCCAACUGCUGGUUUACAUAUGCUGCGGUUUUACCAACUUGGACAUAAUAGUAAUAUCGUUUUUAUUCGUCUUUGCAAUUUUUUGCAUCGUAUCUACACAAUUCCAAAACAAAUACAAUUGAAUAGAACUUGUGCCUGAAUAUUUCUCCGCUUUAUUUCAAUAUACAUACCAUAGUUACCAUUAUACAUACAAAUAUUGAAAUAACAAUUAUGAAUAAAUGUAUAAUACGAGUAUGACAUAUUACAAAUAGACGCAAUUACUUUAUUAUGCAUGUACGAACACCAAAAUGAACUAAUUGAAUAGACUUUCUGUGUUAUAGAAGUGAGAAAAAAAAACUUAUACUGACGUGUGUUUUAUAUAGAC